GAACCAAACAUGUAUGAAUGCCAAAUUGUUGUUAUGUGCUAUACUAUAUUAAAGUUCUAUGUAAAUAAUAAAUCAUAAAAUCGUCUAUUGCGAAGAUAUCAAAGAAGACGUGGAUGUUGGGGCGGUGGGGGCUUAAAGAGGCGCCACCGUCGGCGCUGUCAUCACCCGGCUGGCGCAGCGCCCGGUGGAGGUGCGUCAGCGCCAGUCGCAAUGACGCAGAAGCAGCGGCCUCCAGCGGUGCCGGCCCAGUGCAAGCCGCUCGCCCCCGAUGGCGGCUGGGGGUGGGUCGUGGUUCUGGGGGUGGCCCUGGCAAACAUGACAACACAAUCGCUGGUCUCUACCUUUGGCCUCCUCUUCGGCGAGGCCCUGCACGCCAUGGGCCAAGCAACAACCGGGGCCGCCCUAGUUAUGAAUUUCAUGAGCGCUACGACCAAUUUGUCAGGACUGAUCACAGGACCAAUCAUGAAGUACUUUUCCUUUCGACAAGUGGCUCUUGCAGGCGCCAUCCUUUUCUCAGUGGGUCUUCUUUUAGCCAGCAUGGCCACCAACGUUACCCACUUGUUGCUCACCUACAGCCUCCUUAGUGGUUUGGGUCUAGGUCUCACAGGCCCUGCUUCCUUCGUCGCCCUCUCGACCUAUUUCACGACCCGCAGAGGUCAAGCCGUGGGUCUGGCCCUUGUGGGCACCGGCAUGGGCCAAAUGCUGAUGCCCCAAGUGGUUCGCGCCUUCCUCGACUGGUUUGGCUUUUCGGGGGCAAUGCUCUUGAUCGCCGCCCUCAGUUUGCACGCCGUCCUUGGAGCGGCCCUUUACAGACCAUUAACGGGGCCUUCCAAACCCUUGAAGGAACCUGAACUCAGGUCGCUACGAAGACUUUCCAACGCAGAAAUGGGCAGCGAACUUGGAGUUGAAGUGAUUGCUGCUGAAGUCCUUGAAGACAAUGAAACAAAAGACCGGAAAUUAGAGCUAGAGGAGCUAGAAGCGUCAACUUGUUUGGGUCGAUUUGCUGCUGCUUGGCACCUCCGACUUUUCCGCGAUUCAUCCUUUGUGAACAUCGUGGCAGGUUUGGCCGCGUUCAACGUGGCCAACAUAAACUUCUCAAUGGUUUUGCCUUUCCUGCUGAUGGACCACGGCCUUACGAGAUCUGAGGCCGCUCUCUGCAUGAGUGUGACGGCUGCCGCUGACAUCGUGGCGAGAUUGUUGGUGCCCUUCAUUCGUCUCAAACACAUGGGUGCCAAAAACACCCUGAUGACCGCAAUGGUUGCUUUGGCCUUCACUAGAUCACUUCUGGCGAUGCAAAGCACCCUGAAUGAGUUUUUGGCCGUCUCCGUGGCCGCCGGCCUCGUGCGUGGGGCGGCCAUUCUGAAUUUAAACUUGGUGAUAGCCGAGCACUGCUGCGACGAAACUCUGCCUGCGGCCCUUGGCAUUAACAUGGUUGCGAAAGGAGUCGUAAUUCUCACGAUAGGACCUCUUCUUGGCUGGCUGAGAGAUGAAACUGGCAGCUUUAGUCUCUGCGUCCACGUGCAGUCGGCCCUUCUUGUGGCCGCCGCUCUUUCAUGGGCCGUCGAGCUGAUUUUCCGCCACUACCAACACCACAGAUGAUAUUGCCGAUUCAAAAAAAUACCAAACCUGAGGUGGAAGACUGACUAUCCGGCCAGCCGUUUCAUUGUUGCAACGGUCUUGUUUGUAUUAUUCUCUCCACUUUAAUUGCAGUUAACGGGUUGCCUUAAAACUCGAAAAUUGACGCUCUCAAAAAGUAUCAUACGAAUAAGGUAAAUAAGCUUUAUAUGCAUAUUUUAUGAACAUUUCAUUAGGAAUUUAGGUAAUAAAAUAAUUUCAAUCAAGAUAGAUUCAUGUUAAUUGAAAUUUUUAUCUUCCUGCAAAUUUAAACAGGUAUUGUGAUUGCUUUAAAAAAAAUUGUAUAAAGAAUCUAUUUUAUUAUUGCUAUACUCAUUAGAUGCGUACAUAUUAGUGAUUUUGAUAUUAGAAUAAAUUAAAUAAAUAUCGUAAAAUAGUAAAAUAGAGGAGGUAAUAUUUAAAUUUAUAAAAUGGCCACUUGAUUCAAUUUUGAGAAUGCUUCAACCAAACCGAUUAACUUAAAAGCGGAAUGCACUCUUGAGGUACUUGACACGCAAAGUAAAACGAUGCCGAGCAGGGCGAAUCUUUCAGCUUUGACCCGUAAACGUAAGCGCAAUCUUCUCUACCGUGCGAGACCUGAUCUGGUUGUCCCGGGAACCAAAGGGCCGAAGCAACUUUUCUCCCGCUCGGCCAGUGGAAUUGUCCAGCAGCGUGUCCUCUGUCGGAAGCUGCUGUCCAAAAAGCAACAUCUAAAAAGAAAAAACCGCUAUAAAUAUUUAAAUAUUAAAAAAGCGUUUUCAUAUUACGGUAUCCGAGUGAUCUGACUCGACCAACUUCCAAAAUUUCAUCUUCUGAUUCUGCAGAAGCUAAUUCCAAGCCACGUGCGCGGCAAUAGUCAUUGGCAGACAACCACGGCAACUGAAAGUAACUUUUGAAAAUGCGAGAUUUUUUCACAAAUUGUAGCUUACGGCAGUUAUGUGGUUGAAAUAAUAAAUUCC